CAACACACCAUUCCAUGAGCAAAUGUGAUAAGAAUUCGUAUUCUCUUACUGAUAUUUGCAAUUUGCUCAUUUUCUAUGUAACCCCGGAUGGGUUUAUGAAGAGAAAGCUCGUGAAAAUAUUUGCACAAAAUUUCUGUGACAGAGGAAAUCAAGUCCAAAAACAAUUAUAUUUUUCUCAGUUGGUUUCCAUAAUUCUCCCAGAGUACAACAAAAAUUCCUUCCAAGAUGAUUCGACUCAAUUGAAGGACGACUUUCUCCCAUCGAACCAAAUAUGAGGAAAAUCCGGAGAUUUCUGUCCGGAGAAGAGUUAGAGAAGCGGAUUAUUAGGUAUUUUCAACGUCCCCAUCGACUAGGCAUUACUCCAUAUGUUCGAGAAGAGUUCUCCAGCCAUUGCCUGGAACUCACGACGAAUCACCGCGAAUUGCUUGUAAAGAUGAGAGAGGACUCAAUGCUUGCCAUGAGGAAGGUGAUUUUUGUGGGUGAAAGUGCUGUGGGGAAGACUUCCCUCAUCACUAAAUUCUACUAUGGAGAGUUUGAUUCCACCUACAUGUCCACCCUUGGCAUUGAUUUCCAACUUGAGAGAUUCGUCGUCCUCAAUUGCGAACAUCGACUUCAAUUAUGGGAUACAGCUGGUCAAGAGAGGUACCGUGCUAUGGCAAUUCCAUUUUACCGUGGAGCUUCGACAAUUGUGUCCGUCUUCGACAUGAGCAAUCCCUCGACAAUCGCCAGUGCUCUCGAUUAUGUUUCAAUAGCACGACUCCACUCAGAGACGGCUAGAAAUUCUCCCUGUCCUACUUUUCUCGUUGGCAACAAGCUAGAUCUCCUGACUCCGUACGAGUACCGAGCUAUUUCGGAACAAGGACAGAAGAUGGCAAGGGAAAUCAAUGCAGAAUAUUACGAAGUCUCAUGCAAAGAUACUGCAGGAGUCACAAAACUCUUCAGACGCAUUGCUCUUGUCAAUUUUGAGGAUCAUUGUGCAGGAAUUGACAUUCCCAUCGAACUCAAUCCCAUCGAAAAGUUAGUCUCCAGAAUUUUUCGUCUGAAGAAUCCCUCAUCUGGACCGAAGAGAUCAUGGUGUUUCCUUCAUUGAAUUUACCCAAAAAAUGUGUUCGAUAUUAAUUAUGGGAAAUAAAUGCAUGUUUUUAUGUGAUUCAUA